GUUAAACCUCAUCGAAGAAGAAGUCUUUCGGGAUAAGAUAUGACUUCCAUUAAAAAGGCGUUAAAAACCCAUUUUGGGUUCGAUAAGUUCCGAUCCCAGAAGCAGGAGGACGUUGUUAAAGCAGUUGUUAAAGGUGAGGACCAUAAUAAAAAUGUUGGACUAACAAUAACUUACGCAACCUAAGAACGGCUCUAUUAAUUCUAGCUAGCUAACAAGCUAAUUAGCCAAUUCUUCAACCAGUUCAUUGACUACUAGCUAGCAUGAUCAGUUAUUGUCAUUAAAAAUAUCUGAGUAAUGCAGUUGCCCUAAUCGGACUGUCGAUGGAAUGGUGUAAAUUACUGCCCCUGUUGUGUGCAGGUGACAGGGAUGUUUUUGUGUGCAUGCCAACUGGGGCAGGGAAGUCCCUCUGCUACCAGCUUCCUGCAGUGUUGGCAAAGGGCAUUACCUUGGUUAUAUCCCCUCUAAUCGCUCUUAUCCAGGUCAGUCUCUCUUCUUUAGUAUUUUCUUCUGUUGUAUGAUUUGUCCUGAUUACAUGAUUGAUUCUGAUAUAGGUUGAGUUAUCCUUAACUUCAUAGCUAGCUGUGUAUUUAGGUUUCUUCAAUGAUGAUCCCUUUCUCUGUAUCCUCCAUCACAGGACCAAGUGGACCACCUAAGAGACCUGAACAUUCCUGCAUGCUCCAUCAACUCCAAGCUCCCUGCAGGGGAGCGCCGUCUGAUCCUGGCCGAUCUGGAGAGUGAGAGCCCCAGGCUGAAGCUGCUUUACAUCACCCCAGAGAUGGUGGCCUCCCCUGCCUUCCAGCCCUGCCUGACAGGCCUGCUUUCCCGGAGCCUCCUCUCCUACCUGGCUGUGGACGAGGCUCACUGUGUCUCCCAGUAGGGGCAUGACUUCAGACCAGACUACCUCAAACUGGGCAAUCUGCGUGCCCGUCUUCCUGGGGUACCCUGCGUGGCGCUGACGGCCACGGCACCCCAGAAGGUGCAGGAGGACAUAGCAAAGUCCCUGAGGCUGCGAUCACCGCUGUCCUUUGCCACGCCCGUGUUUCGCAGUAACCUGCAUUAUGAGGUGGUGUACAGGGAGUUACUGGAGGACCCCUACAAGCACCUGCAUGCCUUCAUCAGGGAGGCCCUGACCCUGGGGGAAGGCCCCAAAGGACAGGUUGGUGGACUAGAUUCCCAUCUGACUCUCUCUUACAUGCAAUAUAUCUUCCUACUGUACCCUAUAUCUAAUGGAUGGUGUAAUCAGUUAGGGCUGGGCGAUAUGGCCUAAAAAUCAUAAGUCUAUUUGUAUUUAUUUUUUAAACCUAUGGACGAUUCACGAUAUACAGUACCAGUCAAAAGUUUGGACACCUACUCAUUCCAGGGUUUUUCUUUAUUUUUACUAUUUUCUAUAUUGUAGAAUAAGAGUGAAGACAUCAAAACUAUUUUAAUAACAAAUAUGGAAUCAUCUACUAACCAAAAAAGUGUUAAACAAAUCAAAAUAUAUUUUAUAUUUGAGAUUCUUCAAAUAGCCACCCUUUGCCUUGAUGACAGCUUUGCACACUCUUGGCAAUUAAAUAUAUCACCCAGCCUUAUAAUCAGUGCAUGGUACUUAGCUUGGGAUAGUUAUCUGUAUGUCUUUUUUCAGGGUUGUGGAAUCGUGUACUGUCGGACCAGAGAAAGCUGUGAGACGGUGGCUCACCAACUGACUAAGCUGGGAGUCCUGGCCAAGCCUUACCAUGCAGGUGAGACAUUCCUCAAGGGCUUACAAACAUUGUGGGCUAGGAUAGUAAAUGGCAAUGCAAAAGUUUGAUAAAGAUGAGAAUCAAGCAGAUUGUUUUAUUGGUGGUGAGACGAGACAUAACAAAGUGGGUGGCAUGACUCUUGACCUUUAUCUCCUGCUUGUGUAGGGUUGAAGGCAGGAGAUCGCACAGAGGCUCAGACUGAUUGGAUGCAGGGUAAGGUGCUUGUCAUUGUGGCCACCAUCAGCUUCGGCAUGGGGGUGGACAAAGCUAAUGUCAGGUUUGUGGCCCACUGGAACCUGGCCAAGUCACUGGCCAGUUACUACCAGGAAUCUGGGCGUGCGGGGCGAGACGGGCUGCCCUCUUCCUGCAGGACAUACUACUCCCCCAAGGACAGGGAGCAGUUGAACUUCCUCAUCCGCAAGGAGGUGGCGCGCAAACAGGUGACGUCUGGACCACACUGUCAACCUGCCUCACAGGCUGGUUAUUAGUAUAGCAACAUGAUAGUGCUGUAAAUACAUAGGGAUUGCAAUUGGUGUGUACAGUGUUCAAAUCUUUUUAUGUUUGUUUAUUUAACGUUGAGUGAAUGAUUGUGUGACUUCUCUGCAGGCAAAGCGUGGUUCUGAGAAAGAUCAGGACAAGGCUUCCAUCACAGACUUCGAGGCCAUGGUGUCAUUCUGUGAGCAAGAGGGGUGAGUGUUAUAUAACACAGGGGUUUCCGAACUAUUUCACUCAGGCCCCCCUUCCAGCAUUGGGGAACAUCUCGCGCCCCCCCUGCGCUCGCGCGCCAUGUCUAUUUCUGUGGGCACAAGCACUGUUCAUAACACAAACUGUCACACCCCUCUUGUUGACGAAGAGAAGAUUUUGCAGGUUUAAACGCUUACAGUAUUUCCUGCAAAUCUACACAUUUGGUCAUGGUGUGCGGAGAAACUUUUGCAGUUUUAAAACAAAUGUCUUGCAGUUGUAUACGUUUUGCCAUGUCUAGUGUGUGUUCAUGUGAUAUUUGAGUGACUCAAACAUUAUAACAAAAUCAACAGGCUAAAAACCUAGCUAAAAAACAUUAGCUGACAUGGGCUAGUUGAUCUGGACAUUUCUUACAAGUUAUAAAUAGCUCUCGAAGGUAUGCAAUGAUUGACAUGACAAGAGGAAAACAAUUUAGAAAUUGCACCUUGUGCAUUCUAUUAUAAAAACAUUCAACAGUACGUUGAAAACCGGAUAUAUUCUUUUUGGGGGGUGGUGCCCUGCGUCUCCCCUGCUGACCCCUCUGGGUGCGUCACAUAGUUUGGGAACCACUGAUAUAACACACCACAAUCAUCUGCAUUUUGUUUUAUUUCAUGCAAGAGAGAUACAAAAGCGUAUGGCACUAUUUUAGGCAGGCUAAGAAAAUGCUUUUUUAAGAAGGAAGAGAUACCCUUUUUAACCUAUGCAACAACUAUAUGUAAAUGACAACAUUACUCUUUUUCUGUUGUGUAUAACUGUGAAGCAUAUUACAAGGCUUCCUCACUGCCUCCGUUCCAUGUUUGUACAGCAGAGGGCAGGCAUGGUCCUCUGAAUCCCCUGAGAAUGAGAUGAUGGCUUGUUCAGGUGCGGCGUUCAACCAGUUAGCAAGUCGGACAUUUCUGAGUUUCCUAGUUCCGUCUAGCACGUGAACACAGCAAUAAAGCAAAGGAAGUCCUUUAGAUAAAAUACAUAUGGCAACACUCUCACAAGGGGUUUGGCAAGAUGUCUCCAUUUGAGUGAGUUGUUGAUGAAAACUGUAAAGGGCUCUUUCUUAUAAUCUCUGAGCCAGUGGCAGAAGUUGAGUUGACACCCAUACAUCCUAGAACUGACAGACAUUCAUCUUCCCAAGCAGUCUCUCUCGUGUGCUUCUAUUGUGAUCUUUUAGCUACAUGUCCAGUUGUUUGUGUUACUUGAUGCCUGUGUGUGUGUUUCCAUGCUCCUGUGUUCCUUGUGUCCUUAUGUUGUGUGGAUCAGUUGAAGCCGUCCUAGAGGCCCAGUCUUGUCCAUCUCUCACGGGUCCUCCUCAUUCCUCCGGGGUUAAGAGGCCCAUAGAGUGCCUUUCCAGAAUGUCUCUCCUGGUGAUACAGUGGUGACAGAGGGUUUUCAGUUCACACCAGUCUGCAUGGGUCCUCAUUCUUCUGGGGUUUAGAGGGCCAUAGAGUGCCUGUUUAUAAUGUCUCUCCUCAUUAUUGGGGGAAGUGGGGAUUGUCUCAGGUCAGCUGACUAUGUGGCCCCUUGGUUCUGGUCCUGCGACAGCAGCAGCACGUCAAACAGGUAAUCAGCAGCAGGAGCAGGAAGACCACUAGGAAAUAACACAGUUAUAGUAGCUAGUCUACACAUUUUAAUUAUGUCUAGGCUAUGUCCAGACAGGAUGAUUGAUUUCACACUAUCUAAAGUCAUAUUAAAGAUGUUGGAGUUUCAUCCCUUUGCUAGACAUGUUCUAACAUGUUCAUCCUUUGCAAGACAUGUUCUGACAUGUUCUGAAGCACAUGGUUAGGUGUAUGGAGUAUAUCUCCACUGAGAGGUGUAGCUUACCGAUAAAGAGGAUGAGGACAGCGAAGGCCCCUAUCUCCAGAGAGCUGGCGGUGGGGAGACCCUGCAGUUUGGUCCAGAGCUUCUGUAGCAGGGUCAGCAUCUCCUCCCUGGCAUCCAUAAUGUCACUCACACUGAGGGUGGGUGCAACUCUGUAGUAUCUGGGUGCAGGUUGUGUGAUGUGACCACUUCAAUGAAGGCACAAGUAAAGGGAUAAAAGUGGAUGAAAUAUGGAUGAUUGAUUAUUAAUAAUGGAUUAUUAUUACAGUAUAUUGUAAUUAUUCGAAUCUAGGCAUUUUUUAAAUUCCUUAUUCUUCACCCAUAAUGGACUGUCAGAGAUACUGGAUGUCACUGUCUAACUAUGUAGAUGACCUGACACCAAUGGAAUGUUGACAAACCAUUGUGUGUUCAUCCUUGAAUGUAUAGUCUAGCUGCUAGUGCAUGCAUUUCUGAUGAUUAGGUAGGAAAGAGUGAAAUCAACUGAUUCCAUCUCCUCCUAUAAGAAAGAGGAGGAUCUGGAAAGAGUGUUAUAAACUGGUAAUAUGUUGGUGUGUAAAGGAUUUGUUUUUUCUGGUCCAGUGGGAUUGUGUCUGUUCCAGAUUUACUAGAGUAAUUAUAGCGCUCUCCCAGCAGCAUAGCUGUGGACUGACACACAACAGUUAUCACAACAGUCAUGAGACCGAGAGGAGGGACCCACUGGCUGACUGUAUAAAGAGAGGACUUUUUUCUAUGUUAUUUCAAGGACAGACACCGAUGUUUGCCUUGUGUGUUAAAACUUAUUCUAAGUUUCUGUCUAUUCUUUAUGCACAUAUGAGUAGGCCAUAUGUUGCUAUUGCUGUGGGAAAGUAUGUUCCCUAUAAACUGUAAAUAGCAGUUGGGUGUGACAAUUGAUGCCAAGACAGGAUCCUGCUCAUAUUAAUUAUCUCAUGAUCAUCAUUCCACAGUUCUCCUCUUCACACUCUCUCCAUCUCCUUCUCUCUAGCUAUGCAGUUACACCACCGUGUUACCUCUCCUCUCCCAACCCAGAUCACACUGUAGGCUACUUGAUUUACAUUACAUGUCUGUUCUCUUCAUCACAACAGUAGAUUGACUUGGAUUAGGAUAGAAUUGAAUGUAUUGAUUCUAUUAAAGGGGAAGUUUUUAGAAACAUAGAAUAGUGCUUCAAUUCAUUUGACAGUAAAAUGCUUUAUUAACUAUAGGUGUGGCAUGUAAAACAGAUACCAGACUGUUUGCUCAGUAUCUUUGUCCUACUGUCUGUGUCCCUUUAAAGAGUUUCUAUUCCUGUUGUGUUGCUGGACCUGACUGAGUCCAUCGUGGUGGAAUGUGUUCUGUCCGAUGUAUUUUGUAUGCAUUUCGCUGACAAUGGUUUUUAGUUCUGUUUCCCACAGCCACUCUCUGUCUCUCUCUCCCAGGUAGACUCCACCAGCUGUGUAGUGUUAGAUCCCAGUCAGACUGGGCUUUAACCAGUCUCAGGUUUCAUGGCUAGGCCGGGUGGUAUGGGAGCAGGUCUUCCCACGGUAUUAAAGUCUAGCUAAAUAUUCAGCUGUUAGAAAUGUCAUUAUGAUGACAGCUAAAUUACACUCUUCACAUUAUUUUGGUUAGGCAAUAAAGUAUGCUAACACACUGUUAUUCUGGAUAUUUGCAUGCAUAUAGGCUACAUGCACACACUCACAACCAGCAUACACUCACCUGAACUGUAUGGGUAGUUUGCAUAUAUGCAACAGAGCGUAAAUAAAGGUGCAAAACUGUCCUUGUCUAACUAAGCAGAUCAGUUAGUGAUGUAACACAAGAACCAACACUUACCUGAGUGAGUGUGGAGAGCGAGUUCCCUGUGUGUGUGUUGCUGGAAGAGUUGGAGCCUGCAGUGAGACAGAGGUGGUGUCCUCACCUCCUCAACCCAGUGGUCUUUUCAGGAUUAGGGUAAGCAGAGAUAAGUCCUCAAGUAGCGAUUAGCAUCGAGGCCAAGAGAUGACCAAAACCCCAUCAACUGCACUGCUGUCCUCUGUACGGUCUGUUCUGGGUUUCACAAAGGAAACAAAUCAGGCUCGAAGUGAGCUUCUCCAGCUGUCAUUGGUUUGCUUUCCACUGUCUCUCGCUCCACUCUUACUCUCUUAUUUUCCCCCAGUUAGUAGUAGCUGUUGUCGUCUCUUGGUGCCAGUGGAAAAGGCAGCGGUUGUGCAAGAGCAAGACUGUUGAUAUCUCCACUCACAAAGGACUCCUGCUGUGUUUUAGUGCUGUCUGCCUGUUGUAUUAAUACAGGCUGGUUCAUCAUCUCCUCCUCCUGCUGUGGGUCGUUAUCUUCUUCCUUCACUGGAAAGACUGUCGCUUCAUGAUCUCUGUCUCUGGCUCUCUCUUCUCUGUCUCUUUCUCUCUCUGGCUCUCUCUCUCUGGCUCUCUCUCUCUCUCUGUCUCUCUCUCUCUCUCUCUCUCUCUCGCUCUCUCUCGCUCUCUCGCUCUCUCGCUCUCUCUCUAUCUUUCGCUCUCUGUCUCUCGCUGUCUGUCUGUCUCUCUCUUUCUCUCUGUCUCUCAUCUCUCUCUCUCUCCCCUCCUCCCUUGGUGAGACUGCCUCUUUCCCCCCUCUUUGAAAACUGUGGAGACUGGGUUUCCAUCUGAGGUAGUCUGGCUUGGUGUGUUAUGGAGGUGGCUUGUCUAUUAUUCCCCCAAGAGACACUAGCCUGUAUGAAUGUGUGUAUGACUGAGUGUAUCUCUAUGUGUUUAUACAUGACAUAAUAUUGUGUAAUGAGUGAAAAGAGCAAGCUGUUAUACAAAGAAGCGGAACAGCUAUACUCUAAAGAGUGAAUAGGCAUUCUCAGAUGUUGAAAUCUAUUUAAAAGUCCUUUAGAACAGUAACAUCCUCACCAACCACCACCCAUGGCCAAUCUCACUCACUUACAAGUCUCCUAAAAAGUAGAUCUUUUUUGUUUGCUAUUCAGACUAGACUCUAGAGAAGCAGUUAUUUUAUAGAACCUCAUCUCUGUUUCACAUUAUUCACUCAGGAGUCAUUCCACACCCACAACUCCUUUUUCUCCUCAGAAUAGAAGGGAGUGGUGUAUCUGUGUGAACAGAAACUGCAUCCAGUUCACAGACGUAUCAUUAAACUGGUGUUCUUUUAUUGGAGAAUACACUUCACACUCCUGCAGAGUCGCUGCAUUUGAUUUCAAUAACUUUUUGACUGCACCCCUUUUUGAUUUGAACGGAACUUACCAUACAUACAGUGGGGGAAAAAAGUAUUUAGUCAGCCACCAAUUGUGCAAGUUCUCCCACUUAAAAAGAUGAGAGAGGCUUGUCAUUUUCAUCAUAGGUACACGUCAACUAUGACAGACAAAUUGAGAAAAAAAUAACCAGAAAAUCACAUUGUAGGAUUUUUUAUGAAUUUAUUUGCAAAUUAUGGUGGAAAAUAAGUAUUUGGUCACCUACAAACAAGCAAGAUUUCUGGCUCUCACAGACCUGUAACUUCUUCUUUAAGAGGCUCCUCUGUCCUCCACUCGUUACCUGUAUUAAUGGCACCUGUUUGAACUUGUUAUCAGUAUAAAAUACACCUGUACACAACCUCAAACAGUCACACUCCAAACUCCACUAUGGCCAAGACCAAAGAGCUGUCAAAGGACACCAGAAACAAAAUUGUAGACCUGCACCAGGCUGGGAAGACUGAAUCUGCAAUAGGUAAGCAGCUUGGUUUGAAGAAAUCAACUGUGGGAGCAAUUAUUAGGAAAUGGAAGACAUACAAGACCACUGAUAAUCUCCCUCGAUCUGGGGCUCCACGCAAGAUCUCACCCUGUGGGGUCAAAAUGAUCACAAGAACGGUGAGCAAAGAUCCCAGAACCACACGGGGGGACCUAGUGAAUGACCAUCAGUAACACACUACGCCGCCAGGGACUCAAAUCCUUCAGUGCCAGACGUGUCCCCCUGCUUAAGCCAGUACAUGUCCAGGCCCGUCUGAAGUUUGCUAGAGUGCAUUUGGAUGAUCCAGAAGAGGAUUGGGAGAAUGUCAUAUGGUCAGAUGAAACCAAAAUAGAACUUUUUGGUAAAAACUCAACUCGUCGUGUUUGGAGGACAAAGAAUGCUGAGUUGCAUCCAAAGAACACCAUACCUACUGUGAAGCAUGGGGGUGGAAACAUCAUGCUUUGGGGCUGUUUUUCUGCAAAGGGACCAGGACGACUGAUCCGUGUAAAGGAAAGAAUGAAUGGGGCCAUGUAUCGUGAGAUUUUGAGUGAAAACCUCCUUCCAUCAGCAAGGGCAUUGAAGAUGAAACGUGGCUGGGUCUUUCAGCAUGACAAUGAUCCCAAACACACCGCCCAGGCAACGAAGGAGUGGCUUCGUAAGAAGCAUUUCAAGGUCCUGGAGUGGCCUAGCCAGUCUCCAGAUCUCAACCCCAUAGAAAAUCUUUGGAGGGAGUUGAAAGUCCGUGUUGCCCAGCGACAGCCCCAAAACAUCACUGCUCUAGAGGAGAUCUGCAUGGAGGAAUGGGCCAAAAUACCAGCAACAGUGUGUGAAAACCUUGUGAAGACUUACAGAAAACGUUUGACCUGUGUCAUUGCCAACAAAGGGUAUAUAACAAAGUAUUGAGAAACUUUUGUUAUUGACCAAAUACUUAUUUUCCACCAUAAUUUGCAAAUAAAUUCAUAAAAAAUCCUACAAUGUGAUUUUCUGGAGAAAAAAAAUCUCAUUUUGUCUGUCAUAGUUGACGUGUACCUAUGAUGAAAAUUACAGGCCUCUCUCAUCUUUUUAAGUGGGAGAACUUGCACAAUUGGUGGCUGACUAAAUACUUUUUUCCCCCCACUGUAUUUGUACAUGGUAGACGUGGUCAGAAAGUGUCUUUUUGGACCUGAAUGCCAAAAUAUUCUUGCUCAAAGUUGACCCAUUGCUCAAAGUGGACCCAUUUUGCAUACUCCACCAUACCAUGAGACAUCCAUGUCUUCAUCACUGGAAAAUAUAAACAGUUGAGUUCAAUAUCAUUUAAAAGCUUACAAAAAGGGUUGUCAAAAUAUUUGAUAAUUUCUUCGGUUGCGACACAGCAAGCUCUUGAAUACAGGGUGGGUGUCAUUUCAAUCAUAGAAAUAGAAUGGACCUAUCCCUUGAGACCACUGCAAUUUAGCUGGUACACCAUUGACAUUGACAUUUAAUUAAACAUUUUACUUCCAUUUACUACCAUAAAGAUGGCUGCUGGUCCACCCACCAUUGAAUGUCAACUUAAAUGGGAAUGUCUAUUCUAUUAUCUAUAUUUCUUUGAUUUCAAUAGGUUUCCUACGGAGGAUUGAAAGUGUUAUCCACUGUGUGGACCUCCAACCAUCUCUGUGGUAGCAUUUGAAAGUUGACAUUUUUAUUAUAGUCACAUUUUAGUACAUUUAUCAAACAAAACAUGACACCCACCCUGUAUUCAAGAGUAUGCUGCGUCUCAACCGAUGGCAGGCACAACACAAACACCUCAGAUGAUGUAAAAUACCUUAGGAAAUGCUUUUGGACCAGCAGAUGGGAAGAGAUUAGAGCAACAUCCAUGCUGCUAUCUUCACUCUGCUACACUGAGGCACUCUGUGAAUGGAAGGCCUCCUAGUGGUUUGACCUUUAGCAUGUCUGUGCAAUAUGUUUGUCUCUCUCUAACCCGUGUCUCUGGUCUCUCUCAGCUGCCGCCAUGCCACCAUCUCCAAGUUCUUUGGGGACCAGAAGCCGGACUGUGCUGGAGCCUGUGACUACUGUCGUGACCCCAAGGCUGUGCGGGCCCAGCUGGAGAAGGGGGCCACUUUGUGCACCAAGACCGGGGCGGCUCAGAGCAAACAGCCCAGGGGCCCGUUUGGGUUUGACCGCGACCUCUACGCUGGGGGGAGGAAGGGCUAUGGCUUUGAGAGGUCAGCAAUGCAACGGUCUAGUAGCCUGGAGGCCAGUCUAACUCUGUUGGUUAAAGCAGAAACAGACUGGCAUCCAGGCUAACAUUUGUUGUAGUUUUUAGUUGCUAACAGGGCAAGAUAGGGGUCUUUCCUUCUGAUUGGAAUUAUUUUCACAUUUAUUGUUGAUUUUAAAAUUUGUUUUCUAGCUGUCACUCAUAGACAGUACGGUAGGAAUGCUGAGGUCUGUGGUGAUAUCAUCUCCUCAGGCAUGAUGAGGAGGGCUGGGAGAGCGGUGGUGAUGAUGAUGGCUCUGAGCAUAGGAGGAAGGAGUUUGGAAAUCUCUUCAAAAAACAAAUGAACCUGCGCAAGGUGAAACCUCACAUUCAUGUACUGUAUACAUGCUGUACAUGGACAGCCCUGCUGUCAUACUGUGAUACACAACUACUGACUCCAUAAGCUUACUCUUUCCAUUGCUUCAGUAAACAAACCUUCAUACACUGUAGCAGCUCCCUCUCUCUCCACAUCUGUUUUCCAGCUGUGGCCAGCCAAUCAGCCAGGCAAGGAGGCUGGGUCUAGGGGCCCCUGUAAGGCACCAUGUGGUAAAUCUCUCCCAUAUGUGGAGUCAAAUCAGCACGACAGGGCUAUUCAAAUCUAUACUAUUAAUCCAGGCAAACAAAAGAUGUGUUGAGUUGAGCCAUGAUUUUGAGACUGUUGGUUUGAGAUGCUGCCAGCAACAGCAGGGGCUUGGAACACUGAAACACUGAAACACUAGCAACUAGGUGAGAGAGGCAGAGCUCUAAGGUGGAGUGAGGAAUUUGAGGGGCCCUCUGUAGGUUCUCUGCACUAACUGACAAUAGAAGUGUGAGGGGGUGUCUUAUUUCCCUCUGUUUUCUUCUCCCUCUUUCCUCUGUAGGUGUCUGAGGGACACAAAUAUUCAUUUAUCCCCCCAGGUGGGUUCUCUAUUGUUGUAAUAUCAGUGUAGACAAGCAAAGUGACUGACUAAUAAUACCGUUAUGUGACUGAAUGGGUUUCGAUAUUGUGUUCAACUGUAUCUACAGAUGAUGACUGCCCACUCAGAGAGGCCAGCAGCCAGAAGAUCCCCAGCCUCACUGUCAAGGUACAGCUCUGCUAUGGAAACGUCUCACUCACACACACACACACACACACACACACACACACACACACACACACACACACGCGCACACACGCACGUGCAAAGCAAUAUGCACAUUCACAUGCUUUUGAUGGUUAAUGCACACGUCCUUGUGUAUUCAGCGUAUCCACCAUCAUGAGCUAGUUAGAAACUAUUUAUUGAUCCAUAAUUUAAUUCUGCUUGAAAUCCUUUACCCAACACCUCUUUCAUGAACUUGUUUCAUGCUUGUUUAUCCAGGGUCAGACUCUGAAUAUUUGGUCAAAUGCACAGAACACUGAAUAUCUGGGUUUGCAGAUUUAGGGAACAGAGAGGGGAUUGUACUGCCACUGUGUGGUUCAUACAUGUAUUACAAGAAUACCAAUUUUCAAGGAAAAUAUUUAGGCCUAUUUGUAUUUUGUGGUGUAUGACUGAUUGAUUGUAUGUCAUGAUUUUUAUUUUUUAUUAUGUAUAGUGUUGAUUUUAUUCUGGAGCUGCUACUGACCAGUUCUCCCUUGUAAAGACAUGCUUUAAAACUCAGUGGCACAUUCCCUUUGAAUAGUGGUUAAAAUCAAAUUAAUACAUCUUCACUUGCCUUUAAACAAUAUUUUUUACAAGAGUGUGUGCCAAAUGUGUGCAUCAAUUGUAUUCCAGGCUCGGAAGCACUGUGUGGCCCUGCUACAGGAGGCUCUGAACAACCACCAGGUGGAAGCAGCAGACACACACAGGUACCAGUCACUACUAACGCACAUGCACCUAAAAUGCCAAGUCACUGAUGCCACUGGGAUAACUGAACUGACACUUGGAUUUCUUUCUUUCUUUCCCUUUUUCCUCCCUCACCCAGCUCUGACACACUCCUUGGCGGUGGAUAUUGAACAUGAGGUCUUCAAGAUCACCAAGUCUUCUAACCUGUACAAAGCAGCUGUCCUGAAGAGGGUGAGUAGCUGCUGACUACUGUCUGGUUUAUUGUACAACUCUAAAGUCAGUUUAGGUAUUGAGCCCUAUGGAAGCUAUUCUUUUUAAGCUAUUCUUUCACUCAUCUAACUCAUCUCUCGUUCCUAAAGGUAUCAGAGAUGAAGAAGGGAGUGGCUGCCUCUGCAGGAAGAGGAGGAGGAGGAGGAGAAGGGACCAGCUGCUCUGGGGAAUCCACAGAGAUAAAGACUGAAUCCAAAGACGAAGCAGCCUCCUCCUCUUCCUCCUCCUUGACUGAGGAGCAGCAGGGCUUCACGCCUGCCUCACAGAUCUACUCAGUAAGGCCCAACACCACAGCACACAGAGGACUCUGCCUUUACUUUGCUUUAGAAAAUAUUGUAGCACUCCUUUAUAAGCAGCAGUAAUGACUACAUAUUUAUCUACUUGCUAAUGCAUUGAGACUGUCUCAGAAUCAUAUCUCAGCCCAUUAGUAACAGGAUGCAGUCAGUGUUAUUGUGAGUCAGCCUCAUACUAGGUUCUAUUAGUAACUAAGCAUCCUUCCUUCUGUGUCUCCUUCUCUCCACCAGCUAAAGCGGAAGAGAAUAGGAGCAGGUCUGAGGGGCUCCUCCAACCCCUUCCAAACUGCCAGUGAGCUGCUGAGGGCUUCUAACUGUGAGGGCUCCACUACAGGGCCAGGUCCAGCGGCCAACAGGGAGCGGGGGUCCUGAGAGCCUGGCUGGGUCUGGAGAGUCAGCCAGUGAGGAGGAGAGGGGGAAGAGGAAGGAGACAAAGACUGGAGAUACAGCACCAACCAUCAGCUCCUCCAUCAGAGCUAAAGCCAGUGCAGUCUCUGCCUCCCUGAACAGUCCCACCAAGACAGGAGGCAAGGCCCUGAGCAAGAAGCAGCAGAAGCUAGUGGAGGCUGCUAAGAAUCCCUGCAACAUUACCCAGUGCUUUGGGAAGAAACAGAUUGAAAAGAGUCAAGAGUUGGAGAUAAUAACAAAUUGUGUCAUCUCAGGCCUUUUCAAUACCACCCCCGUCACUCCCGACUAAGGAAAUCACACCUGCUACUGUCUCCAUGGACACCAUCCCUAUGGACAUUAGUCCCAUAGAAGUCAUCCCCACGGAAACCAUCCCUACAGAUACCAUCCCCAUGGAAACCAUCCCUACGGAUACCAUCCCCACAGAAAUCAACAGCUUGGAUAAUAAUGAGGUUAAAGAGGAAGCGAAACUGGACUUGGACUCUAUCACAGUGGAAGAUGUCCCUCAGUAGUUGUAGAUAAAGUCUAGAUAGUCUGGGACUGGAUUAUUCCGUUUUGCCUCUCUCUCUAAACUCCUUCUGUCUUCUUCACAGGCAAAACGCACAUGAAAACAAGACUAAAUCGUUGCUAAAACAAAGGGUAUGGAGACCAAUAUUAUAUUGCCACAACAGUAUUAUUGUGUCAAGUUUUUUAACUGUAAUGUAAUGAUGACAUUGUUGUUAACAUCUACAGUGAGGGAAAAAAGUAUUUGAUCCCCUGCUGACUUUGUACGUUUGCCCACUGACAAAGAAAUGAUCAGUCUAUAAUUUUAAUGGUAGGUUUAUUUGAACAGUGAGAGACAGAAUAACAAAACAAAAAUCCAGAAAAACGCAUGUCAAAAAUGCUAUAAAUUGAUUUGCAUUUUAAUGAGGGAAAUAAGUAUUUGACCCCAAGAAAACAAUUGGUAACACACUACGCCGUGAAGGACUGAAAUCCUGCAGCGCCCGCAAGGUCCACCUGCUCAAGAAAGCACAUAUACAGGCCCGUCUGAAGUUUGCCAAUGAACAUCUGAAUGAUUCAGAGGAGAACUGGGUGAAAGUGUUGUGGUCAGAUGAGACCAAAAUCGAGCUCUUUGGCAUCAACUCAACUCGCCGUGUUUGGAGAAGGAGGAAUGCUGCCUAUGACCCCAAGAACACCAUCCCCACCGUCAAACAUGGAGGUGGAAACAUUAUGCUUUGGGGGUGUUUUUCUGCUAAGGGGACAGGACAACUUCACCGCAUCAAAGGGACGAUGGACGGGGCCAUGUACUGUCAAAUCUUGGGUGAGAACCUCCUUCCCUCAGCCAGGGCAUUGAAAAUGGGUUGUGGAUGGGUAUUCCAGCAUGACAAUGACCCAAAACACACGGCCAAGGCAACAAAGGAGCGGCUCAAGAAGAAGCACAUUAAGGUCCUGGAGUGGCCUAGCCAGGCUUCAGACCUUAAUCCCAUAGAAAAUCUGUGGAGGGAGCUGAAGGUUCGAGUUGCCAAACAUCAGCCUCGAAACCUUAAUGACUUGGAGAAGAUCUGCAAAGAGGAGUGGGACAAAAUCCCUCCUGAGAUGUGUGCAAACCUGGUGGCCAACUACAAGAAACGUCUGACCUCUGUGAUUGCCAACAAGGGUUUUGCCACUAAGUACUAAGUCAUGUUUUGCAGAGGGGUCAAAUACUUAUUUCCCUCAUUAAAAUGCAAAUCAAUUUAUAACAUUUUUGACAUGCGUUUUUCUGGAUUUUUUUGUUGUUAUUCUGUCUCUCACUGUUAAAAUAAACCUACCAUUAAAAUUAUAGACUGAUCAUGUCUUUGUCAGUGGGCAAAUGUACAAAAUCAGCAGGGGAUCAAAUAAUUGUUUCCCUCACUGUACUAUCACAUGUUCUCUAUGUGUGUGUUAGCUAUGUAAGGAGAGUGAAGAGAGGGAAGCCAAGCGCAGCGGCCCCCUACAGGACAGCAGGAAAAAGGUGACCUUUAACCCCAACAUCCAGGAGACUGUACUGGAGCCAGGGAGCCCCAGCAAAGCCCCCAAGCCUGUGUCUCUGAAGGAGGUGGCUGACAUCGUGUUGCGCUGUCUAGACCCCUUCUAUACGCAGGGCAAGUUUACCACCAAGGUGAGGGAGAGAAGGAAGGGGCAUAAGCUGUGAUGAAGAUAUUUGGUUCUUCAUUUGUCACUUUUUCAAAUCACAGUAUUCCAAAUGUGAAAUAUUCCUUCUUGUAGGAGCUGUUCAAGUCAUUUGCCCGCUACUUGUCUCAUCUACUAGCAGAGGGGAGGAGUCGGGGAAGAGGUCAAGGUGAGGAAGACCAACAUUGUGUGUGCUCUGGCACAAGCUGCCUUUUCUAAUAAUGAACUAUUUUGUGUCCACAGUGAAAAUGCAGGCCAAGACUCUGAUAAAGAAGUUAUUCAGCGGUGUGAAGCGCUGUGAGAGUGAAGCAGACUGGAAGCACCUGAAGGGACCACACAGCACUGAGACCUCUGAACACAGAUGGAUGGGAGGAGGAGGGACUACGAACGGAAAGGUGGAGGAGGAUAACAACCUGAGGGUCUGAUCCCUUCAUCCACUCUCUCUCUCUCCAACUGAUUCCCUCCUCCCUCACAUCUCUCCCAGGCCAAGACACUCAGCCGUUACAGGGAUGAAAUGCUGCUAUGCUGUGUCAACUCCAGGCUCAUGCUGCCGUGGCGUGGAGAGCCACUGUAAUGGCGCCAUUAAACAUGUACUGUAUACAGCAUGUCUGCUGGUGCUUCUGGGGAACAAUUAGUCAUCCCUGCUCAACGCUGAGCAGAGGUGGCUCUUUGUUUGAUGUUAGCACCAUGUGACUAGGAGAUGGAUGCUAUGGUUAUACCAGGCCAAACCCUGCUGCUACCUGGUCUGUCAUAAAGCCUGACUGAAGAGGACAGCCAACUGGAUGUGUAACAACCACAGACUCUAUCUUUGAUUGAUUUUAGAGCUGUAAUU